UGUCUGUCUGUGUGUUGGGUUUGUCUGCGUUUGCCAAAUGUAUACAAAUCAGCAUUCAGUGUCAGCCAAAAGCUUAAGAUAUAUCAGCAAUAUGAGCUAAAUGUAUAACGCAGCUAUACGAGGGCUGAUUGAUAAGAUUUGUUUCAUACUUAUAUGCUUUUCAUAUAUUUUAGUAUAUUAAAAGUAACCUUUGCUCAUCCUUACCUCAAGAUCUCAAGAUCUCUCCCCCCACUUCUCGUUGAAUUGUAAAUAACCUCUGUAACGACUCAUCCGUAUCAGAAUUAUAACUUGUUUGUCGUGUUUCGCAACUCGCCGAUCGUAUCGUAAAUUAUGUACAAUUCAUAACAAGUUGUAGUGUAAAAUGUAAAAUGACAAGAUUGAUUAGCCUACCUUUACAAUGUGCCAUGGCCAAUUAGCCAGCUAUAUAAAUAGCUGGAAAUCUGUAACAGAGUUACAGAAGUUGUCUAAAAUGUUGCUGCCGUCGCUGCUGUUGCUGACCCUUCAAAUGUUCUGCCAUGUCCUGGCAGUUGAUUACGAGAUGCUUAUUGAUGAUCCUGAUGUGUUCACCGACUGCCUGGAAAAUCCGCCAGGUGCAAAAGGUGCAAGUGGCCUGUUCAAUUUGGAUGAAUUGACAUUCUCACUGAAUGGUGAUAAGAUACAUGUGGAGGGCAAUGUGACAACCGUUUGGGAUGUAGAGCCAACAGAUCGUAUAACGGCUUCAGCACGUCUAAUGCAAUUGGAUCGAGGCAUUUGGCAACCCACUGUCUUCAGCAUUGCCACGCAGGACUUUUGCUCUCUUAUGUACGAUAAGGAUCAGUACUGGUUCAAGUAUUGGACUCGCUAUGUUGAAGACAUGGACGCCAUGAAAUCCAAAUGUGUCAACCAUAAGGGAACCAAGCUAGUUCAUUCGCCCUUCGACAUAAAUAUGGUGCUGACCAAUGUCCGUGGCACCACUCUGCACGGCCGCUAUAAGAUUGUCGUCACCUUGGAAGCCUUCGACGACGAGAAGAAUGUUAAGCGCCCGGAGAGCAUUUGCAUGGAGAUCAUUGGCGAUUGUGAGAGGCUGUGAGAAUCCUCGAUAUAUCCUUAAUGUUUGAUUUAUAAUAAACGAAGAAGGGGUUGCAGCUGAAGUAGGAAUGCAAA